AUGUGGAAACUGCAGCCAACCGAAUCUGGAGGGGAAAGUGUCAUUCUGCUGGCUGGACAGGAGUAUGUGGUUGGCCGUAAGAAUUGUGAGAUCCUGCUGACCAAUGAUCAGUCCAUCAGCCGUGUUCAUGCUGUCCUCACUGUCACUGAGCAGGCAGUCACUCUGAAGGACAGCUCUAAAUAUGGAACUUUUGUCAAUGGUGAGAAGCUUGAGUCUGGCUCCACAAAGACCUUGCAGACGGGAUACAAAAUCACAUUUGGAGUCUUCCAGAGCAAAUUCAGUCUGGAGAAAGAGUGUAUUGUGGUUUGCUCCUCGUGUGUGGAUAAUGAAGGGAAAGUCACCCUGUCUCAAGAUAUUCGCUCUGUUGGAGGACGACUUGUCAGUUCCUGGACCUCUGACUGCACACAUCUAGUCAUGCCCACUGUAAAAGUCACCAUAAAGACGAUCUGUGCGUUGCUGUGCUGUCGACCCAUAGUAAAACCUGCGUUCUUCAGUGCGCUUAGCAAAGCUGUGCAGCAGAAACUGCCACUGCCUAAAGCUGAGAGAUUUAGGCCUCAAAUUGAUGAGCCCAGCCUGGCUAGAGAUGAUGUGGAUCUGAGUGCACGACCUGAGAGAAAGAGCCUCUUCAAGGGGAAAACAUUCCUGUUUUUGAGCUCUAAACAGAUGAAGCGUUUGAGUGUGGCAGUGAGUUGUGGUGGUGGUGUGAGUCAGCUGCUGGACGAGGGCGCUCUGCCUGUCUCACUCCUGGAGUCCAGCAGCACAUGUGUGCUCGACAUGAUCUCAGGAAACUCACAGCCUGUGAUUUCUCCAGCCUCCAAGAAGUGGUUGGAUUCUGUGGGCCAAAUUCUGCACAGAAAAGGUUUGCGCUUUAUCACUGAAUCUGAGGUUGGAUUGGCUGCCAUUCAUGUCAGUAAUCAGACAUACUGCAAUCCCUGCUCUUCUUUGCAAUCAGAAUCAGUGAAAACGAAUCCAGUCUUUGCCUCAGCAACACUUUCUCAGAGCACGGCUGUGGAUGAGACUGCGCUCGCGGCUCCUUCCCAGAAUAUCACAGCCUAUGUCGUCAACACUGAAAUCUCACAGGACCAAAGCAGGAUGGUUACAAGUGGGAUCAGUGCAGUUGGAGAGACCCCAGAGAAAACCAAUCCCACACAGAAAGCCUCAACAACCAAUAAACCCUUAUCCCUUGGUCAGGAACCUUCCUCUACCCGCAUCGUCCAAGAAACAGUGAUGUCCUCUGAGAGCUUCAGUGUGGUUGAAUCUGAACAGAAGAUGAAGAAAGGGUCUGUUGUCUCAGCCAGGGGAAGAGUUGAAGGUCCUGUAAAACAGAAAGCGCCUUCCAGUGGCAACACCACAUUAAAACAUUCUCCCCAGAAACAGACAGCCCUCACCAGCUUCUUCCAGCCUUCCAGCAAGAAAAGGCCGCGUGAAAGCAGUGCCAGUUCUGUCCAGCCAGAGCCCAAAUUCUUCAAGAAAGACAUCAAAGAUAAUGAAGAUGACAUCCAGCAAAGUUUUUCUGUCAAUAGAUCUCACAAAACCUCAUCAGAGGAGACCAGUCUAGGUCAGGCUUGUGGAACUGGUCAAAACUCUAGCAGCAAGAAAAGAAAGGAACCUGAGCAGGACACCCUAUUAGGCGCAGAAGAACCAACAGCUGCUGAUGAUUUAGAAAUGUCACUUGAAGAGCUUGAAUUCUUAAUGUCCGACGAGAUGGAUGAGCCUCCGCAGACUGCAGCUAAUAAAAAACAACGUCUUGAGUCAGGACUGACUAGCAAAAUCAAUAGCGAACAAUUAUCAAAUCAGCAAGAGGUCACUGAGUCUAAAGGCAGGAAAGGGGAGAAGAAUCAGCAAAGCAGUUCCAGCAAUAUUCAGAGCAUGCAGUUGGACAGAGCAGGACCAGCUGUAACAAAUCAGGACACACAAACACAGUCAAAGAGGUCACCUCCAGAUCUGGAAGCACAUAGUUCUGCAAACAAGGGGCCCUCAAAAAACAAAACACCCGAGCUUGAAGAGGUCAAAAAGGAGGAAGUGUCCUUUGUUGUGAAUUCAAGGCCCCAAAAUGGCAUUUCCCAGACCUCUGAGGCUGUUCUCAAACAGGAAAUGCAGGCCUCAACCUCCAAUUCCGGACCUAAGAAUGACCCCGAUCUGCCCAGGAAGCUACUGCAGGUUCAGUUUAUGUCUCUAACAGUGAACAACUCUUCCAGAUCAAGACCAGGCCCAUUACAGACACACAAUCCAAAUGACAAGAACGUCAAAAGAUUUCGCAAGAAAAAUGUCCCUGGAUUUGAUGGGCUGCCUAAGAUAAUUGGAGGCUCGGAUCUGGUGGCUCAUAAUCGCAGUAAGCACUCUGAACUAGAGGAAUGGCUGAGACAGGCAGCAGAGGAGGAGAAGCUGAACGAACGAGAGGAGACUUUGGGAGACGAUUUGUUCAGGUACAACCCUAGGCCUGCAAAGAAACGAUAG